AUGACAGGAACAGGCUGGGGGCAAACUAGAGGAACCACCCAGGUCUGGAAGAACAGGAGGAACACAGGGAAGAAGUUCUGCCUAGGCCAUAUAGGGCAGAACCUAGAAUUAAUUAUGCCCAGCCAGAACAGGGGCAAAAUCUCCUCCCUGUUUCAAAGUGCCGAACUUCACUUUAUUCAACGGAGAGGAUCCCCAUGCUUCAUCAGUCGAGCACAUAGGCAGAUUUUCGGGAAUUCUCUCUCAGGACAAUGCAUAGCCAUAGAGAAUAACCCACUAUUAAAGCUAAGGCUUUUCGGGAAUUCUCUCUCUGGACAAGCUUUCACUUGGUACACCAAUCUGCCAGCAAACUCCAUUCAAACUUUGGAACAAAUGGAGAGUGUCUUCCAUGACUACUAUUAUAGGAUUCAGCCAGAAGUCACAAUCAGUGACCUUGCCGCCCUCAAACAGAGUGAAGAUGAACCUGCCCAAGACUUUAUAAACAGAUUCAGGAAGCUCAAAAUGAAGUGCCGAAUCCCCAUGGAAGAAAGACACUUCAUCCAAAUGGCUCAGGCUGCCCUCAAGAUUUCUCUGAGAAAAAGAUUUCAUGGGAUGCUGUUUGGAGAUCUGGCAGAACUGGCAGAUAAAGCAUCCAAGUAG